GAGCGGUGGAACGGUAAAUCUGCAGUCCCCAGCACAGUAUCAGUGCCGUCGGUGCACCGAAGCGAACCCAUUUAAUUGAGCCAGGACAGCCAAAUUGAAGAGUCUCAUAGCAGCACUUCUUCGUGAGGCUUUCGCUUCUUUCAGCAAACAUGUCUGACAAACCCAAGGUGUACCAGGGUGUGCGAGUGAAGGCGCCCGUUAAAGAGCUACUACAGAAGCAGAGGGCCCGCCAGGCUGCCAUUAAAAACGCAACGAUAUCACAGAGCUUUACGAUUCCAGACGUUUGUUCCACCCUGGCUGUAACGGCCCAUCACUUUGACGUGUGUUCGGCGAGCCCGGUGGCGGACGCCGCUCCGCUGCCACCUCCUUAUAGCGACAUCAUCCCCAUGGAGACGAGUCCGUUUGACAGCCCGCAGCCGAUGAACGUGAUGCUGCCUACAGACAGCUUCACCAGCGUUCUGCCUCCGGAUUCCUCCACUCAGCACUGGUCCCAGGGACAUUAUAUAUCCAAUUCUGACUAUUACUACAAUGCCAUGGCUCCCAGUUCGUCCCCCGACUCCCUGUCGCUGAGCCUCUCGAGCCCAGUCGAUUACAACAGCUACUCGCCCCACGACAGCUACUCUUCCUCCUCCUCCUCGUGCUACAGCUCUCCCACAAGACUAGACUCGGCUUUCGGCUUUGCGCAGGAGAACUACCACUUCCAGCACUGCAACCUGCAACACUGCCACUCCGGCACCCUGUCCAGCUGGACUGGCCCCCAGGACGCCGGCGCCUCGAACCCAGAGUACGCGCCCUACUACCAGUCGGACUGUUUGUACACACCCGUGGAGCAGAACUACUUCAGGAGGGAUGUGAGCAGCGCGGACAUGUGCUACCUUUAAAACUCUUUUCCCUAACUAACAUGAUCAUGAUGAUCGCUUCCCGCCCUGCCUGCAAACGGUUUUGUAUUCGCAGUUAUUUCGUUCGUCGUGUAACCAAUUUUUACCCGUCUCUUACGUUUUGCCGCUGUUUGUUUUGAUUUAUCUUUCUGGGAGCGUCCUGACUCAGACUGUCCCAAGGUUGGGUCCACCGAUGAACAAUCGAAUCACACCCACGCCAGGGUGGAGACGUCGUAGGCGAUAGAAUAACUAUAAGUAUGUCUCUGCGUUUGUGGACACGUUGCUGAACAAUGAAUGACGAAGUUAUACACGUUUGGUAUAAUUCCGUUUUUUUAUAAUAAAGAAUUCUGCCUUU